AUGGAGGCCCAGGCUAGGACCCCUCACUCACACUCACAGUCACGGUCACGGUCACGGUCACGAAUUUUGGGCUGCUCCUCCAUGUUCCGCUUUUUCCGUAGCCUGGUAGGGAGGAAGGGCAGAUCCAAAAACUCUGAUAAGGCCCAGGCGGGCAGCCGGCCCGGCUCCUCUCAGGAGCCCAAGGCCUCCUCCAGGAUUGGCCGUUUUGGAGGCCGCAAGAGGAAGAGACAGCCACCUGCCACACAGCUCUGGGCCCUCUCUGUGGACUCCUCACACUUGCCACUGUGGGACGCCUUUGGGCUGGGCACAGGGGAUGUGGGGGCCCCGAGCUUCACCCCCACGGAGAUACAGAGGUUAAGGGCCCAGGGUAUAGAGGUAUCAUCAGUCUCACCCAGAGGAAACAGGGAGGUUCUGGACCACCUGCCUGAGAAGAAGAAGGGAGAGAAGGAGGUGCCAACAGGGGAGGCCUCUGGGGAUGCAGGGGCCUCAGACAGGGACCACUGUGCCCAGGACCCGGCAGUGGAGCAGGGGUGCUUGUCACUGGUGGAGGGGCCGCUGGCGCCCAGCCCCAACGCCUGCAGCAGGGAGGAGGACGAGGAGAGGGAGUACCUGGUUGGCGGAGACCUCAGGCUAACCCCGUCGAAGGUGGGGUCCACCCCCUGGAACUACCUCCUCAGUUUGUACAAGCACCUCCAGAAAUCAGCCAUGGCUAAGACCUGGGGUCCCCUCUCCUUCUCACCUGCUCAGAGAGGAGCGUGCCCGCAGCUUCCCACCAAGGAAGGCUCGGCUCACGAGGAGAAAGAGGAGGAAGGAGACCCGAAGGAGGAGCACAGCGAAUUCAAGGCGUGCAUCCCACGCAUUAUCGCUCAGCACUCGCCGCUGCACACGACGUUCAGGUCCACAGACACAGUGGGUUUCAUGCAGUCCAAGUUGAAGAAGAUUCUGGAAGUUCAGCGAGAGUCCCGUCUCUGGAAGGUGGAUAGCCUGGAGGACAGAAAGCUGCUGACCCAGCCAGAGAUCACACUGGAGGAAGCUGGCAUAGUAGAUGGCCAGCACCUGCUCCUGGAGGAGACGGAUGAGAUGGGGAACUGGCCUCCAGAAUGA